UGGGGUGGGAGACGAGAAGAAGCUGGGCUCAAGAACAGAGGAAAAUGCAAACUUCUUUCGCGGUGGUCUCCAAGUGGUGAUACCGCGCCACUCUCGGCAAUCUGAUUGAUGGUGUCAGGAAUGGGAUCUAAAGUGGAGCUUCUAGCGACCCCCAGGAGCACUGAGUGAACAUGCAAGGUACCUGCAGGAUCCACUUGUGUCUAUCGAUCUCUCACAGCAGCUGGGGAUCACAGAACCUGCAGAUUGGAUCGUCUGAGAACACCAGAGAAAGAGAAAGACUGUCCUUGCCAUCCACACUACAGCAAAACUUUGGAGCUUUAAACCUUGGGUUCAUAAUCUCACAGCUGAGAAGGGUCCCUCCACACUCCUGGAACUGUACAUCCAUUGGAACCCUUAAGGAAUCAUUGUAGUCAAUCAUUUUCCAGUUCUCAGCCGCUCAGUUGUGAUCGAGGGACACGUGGUUUCCGAACUGCCAGCUCAGAAUAGGAAAAUAACUUGAGAUGGGAUCUCGUUCUGUCUCCCAGGCUGGAGUGCAGUGGUAUGAUCAUAGCUCACUGCAGCCUCAAACUCCUGGGCUCAAGCAGUCCUCCCACCUCAGCUUCCCAAGUAGCUGGGACUACAGAAAAGCAUGAGGACUCUGGUUGCUCUAGAAGAAAUUAAAAAAAAAGAAGAAAGAAAAGUGUGAGGACUGCAAGCCACAUGCCAUGGUUUUUGUGUUGUCUGAAAUCUUUGCUCUGCCAAGAACAAAGCUUAUCAGCCUGUUGCUCUCAGUAAAUCACCUUCAGUAAUCUUCAGUGAUCAGUUCUUCCUCUUGUGUUGCUAAAAGGGAUUUUAUAUUGGAAGACAUGGAUCUUGCUGCCAACGAGAUCAGCAUUUAUGACAAACUUUCAGAGACUGUUGAUUUGGUGAGACAGACCGGCCAUCAGUGUGGCAUGUCAGAGAAGGCAAUUGAAAAAUUUAUCAGACAGCUGCUGGAAAAGAAUGAACCUCAGAGACCACCCCCGCAGUAUCCUCUCCUUAUAGUUGUGUAUAAGGUUCUCGCAACCUUGGGAUUAAUCUUGCUCACUGCCUACUUUGUGAUUCAACCUUUCAGCCCAUUAGCACCUGAGCCAGUGCUUUCUGGAGCUCACACCUGGCGCUCACUCAUCCAUCACAUUAGGCUGAUGUCCUUGCCCAUUGCCAAGAAGUACAUGUCAGAAAAUAAGGGAGUUCCUCUGCAUGGGGGUGAUGAAGACAGACCCUUUCCAGACUUUGACCCCUGGUGGACAAACGACUGUGAGCAGAAUGAGUCAGAGCCCAUUCCUGCCAACUGCACUGGCUGUGCCCAGAAACACCUGAAGGUGAUGCUCCUGGAAGACACCCCAAGGAAAUUUGAGAGGCUCCAUCCGCUGGUGAUCAAGACGGGAAAGCCCCUGUUGGAGGAGGAGAUUCAGCAUUUUUUGUGCCAGUACCCUGAGGCGACAGAAGGCGUCUCUGAAGGGUUUUUCGCCAAGUGGUGGCGCUGCUUUCCUGAACGGUGGUUCCCAUUUCCUUAUCCAUGGAGGAGACCUCUGAACAGAUCACAAAUGUUACGUGAGCUUUUUCCUGUUUUCACUCACCUGCCAUUUCCAAAAGAUGCCUCUUUAAACAAGUGCUCCUUUCUUCACCCAGAACCUGUUGUGGGGAGUAAGAUGCAUAAGAUGCCUGACCUAUUUAUCAUUGGCAGCGGUGAGGCCAUGUUGCAGCUCAUCCCUCCCUUCCAGUGCCGAAGACAUUGUCAGUCUGUGGCCAUGCCAAUAGAGCCAGGGGAUAUCGGCUAUGUCGACACCACCCACUGGAAGGUCUACGUUAUAGCCAGAGGGGUCCAGCCUUUGGUCAUCUGCGAUGGAACCGCUUUCUCAGAACUGUAGGAAAUAGAACUGUGCACAGGACACAGCUUCCAGAGCCGAAAACCAGGUUGAAAGGGGAAAAAUAAAAACAAAAACGAUGAAACUGCUUUCUGGGGGUUGGUUACUUAGUUACCUGCCCUUUGCAUGCCUGUGUGAACCAGCUGUGAGCUGCAAGGCAGUGGCCAGAGCCUCGCCCUCCUGACUCUUCCUGCAGAUGGCUCAGGAAGGAUUCAGCCUGGCCACUUGGCUAGGACUCUGCCAGCACCCAUCUGAGACUGACCUCUUCCGGGCCUUUGGACACUAUGACCUUGAUGCUGCCCUUCAGGCAGGAAACAGGGCUGGUGCCUUCCUUCACCUGCAUGGCCGGCUUCCUUCCCUGGCAGUGGAGAGGGCAGCCAACAGGUUCUAAUGUCAGAGCCAUCCUUUACCAGGUGGGCCUGCUUGUCCCCGUCUUGCCUGCCACAUCACUCUACUUUUUGGAAGGCCAUGGCUGAUUAAAGAAGUUCUUGUAGUUUCCCAAGCAAAGUGGAAUCUAGAAACAGUGAAAAAAGUUCAGAUAACUUUGAAUUGCAUUCAAGAAGUACACUUCUUUCCCAUUGUCCAUGGCUCUUGGAGUCUCCGUGAUGCCAGGCUAGAGUCUGAUUAUAUAAUAAUUCAAAAUGGUAACUCCCAAGGUAAUGCUUUCUUCCAUUUCAUCAGGUUCUUAUAUCCCCACUGCACUCCCUCCCCUUCUCCCUUGCCUAUCUGGAUGGCUUCUCAGAAGCUCGGCUCUAGUCCUCCCUGCCUUGGCGGGGCCAGAGCCCACUACUGCUGAGGCAGCACUGCUCUCGUCAGCUGUGUUGCCUUUACCAAGUGUCUUCAGAGGGUUAUGAGUUAGAGUAGCUGGCCUGGGGAGAGGGUGCCUCCCUGGGUUUGAUCUUUAGGGUCUGACUUUCUGCAGAGAAGAUGUUUUACAGAUGUGUCAAAGCUGAUGUAAUGUGGUUGGGGGAGGAAAUCCAGACCCAAAGUGUUUGUCAGCUGGCUGUGCAACUGCCUAUGUGAUCCUCUGUCUUAAAAUGAUUUCUGUCUGUGCUGGGAAACAAAGACAAGGUGAGGUGUUUUUCUUUUUUAUAAUAAUAUAAAGCUGUGUGUUUCUGA